CCUCCCUACCUCCCGUUCCUGGCAGAAUGGGCUGUAAACUACACCGGUCCUAUUAAUUAAUUAAUGACCCUAACUGAAGGGGCUGGCUAGUGGCUCGUGGAGCUGUCUACAGGAAGACAGUGUGGUGUGUUAUAGUUGUGUAUGGUGCUCUGUGUUGGGAGGGAGAAGUAAAGGGGAGGAGAGGCAGAGGCAGUACACCAGAUGAGAGGAGAGAGGACACCCACCGUCCCCGUCAGCACCCCUCUCUGACCAUCAAUCACCCAGGCCAUUGUGGUCCUGUCCAGGGUAGCCUACAGCGCAGCCACCCAGCCCAGCCACCCAGCCAGGCAGGCAGAAGAGAGGAGGGGAGAGAGGGGGCAAGGAGCUGUAGCCUGCAGGGAGAAAGGAAGGGGGGAAACAAUGGCAGCCAGGGAACGGCCUUCUUCGUGUCCCCCUCCCCAGCCGGCGCUGCUGGGAUUGGGGGCAGCGCUGCUCUCCUUCUGCAUCUCCACUGUAUUCUCCCAGGUCCCAGACCCAGAGCUUUUACCGACAGAUCCCCCAAAGAAGCCAGACCCAGUCACUUCAGAAACAGUUGUGUUCUGGGGACUGCGGUUAUGGCAGGUCAUUGGCAUCUUCUCUAUGUUUAUUCUAGCAGUCAUCAUUACCCUAUGCUGCAUCUUCAAAUGCCGUAUCCCCAGGACAAAGAAGGAGAUUGAGGCGCGACACGCUCAGAGAGUAGCAGCUAAGGACUACGCCAACACACUGGAGACAGUGCCUCCUCUCAACGAGCUCACAGAGAUCCCAGGAGCCCUCCCGGACACUGCAUCCCUCCCGACGGUCUCUGAGCAGGUCCAGGCUCGCAGCGCCAGCAGCAGCCAGCUCCCAGUGGUGAGAGAGGAGGAGGAGCUCACUGACCCCUUUACUCAACCUGAGACGGGAUGACUUUCCUCCCUCCUUCUCCUCCUCCCGGCCCCCCUCACUCAGCCUGAGACUGGAUUACGUCCAUCCCUCCGUUUCCUCUUUCUUCUUAUCUCUUCUCACCUUCCCUCUCUCCCCAUUCCUAUUUAUCUUCUGACAAAGUGGGCAAUCCACUAGAGGGAAUAUUGGAGCAUGCAGCUCAGCAUUCAGUAAUUCACAAAAAAGGUUUGAAUAGCUUAAUAGAAUAGUUCAUUGAAUAGCUCAGCGUUCAUCGUUACUUCCCAGAAAGAAUGACUUGGACAUUGUUGAGAAUGUUGCCUGCUGAAGAGUUACAAUUGUAGGUGUUAAGUACUUGAAAUGGGCUAUUACCUGAUCUGCUCUUUGUUGAUAUACUCAUCCUUGUCGAUCACACAUUGAUUGUACGUUGGACACUGCAAGUUCAGUAUCUGGUAGCCAACUGUGGAUGAUGAAAAAAUAGAGUUGAAUCUUUUGUCAGUGAUGUUGCACGUCUAUGCCUGUCAUUCGUUGUUUGUCAUUCACUAUUUUUCCUUCUCUUUCUCUGACUCAAUCUGUAAGCUUGGCUUUGAAUAAAUAUAGCUUCCCUUUUAUAUAAGCUUAUACAGUAACAACCGUGAUAACCAAAUAAUAAAAAAAUAACCCUGGUCCUGGAGAGCUACAAGGUACUCAGGCUUGUUCUCGACCUAGAACCAACCAUGUCUUAAUUGUUAGUCGAAUCGCAUGUUUUAGUGUUUAAAAAAAUGCCUGCACACCAUGUGUAGAUCAUCCAGGUCUAUGGUUGGUGGCCACUGACAUACUGUCCUUGUUGUGUUAUCUCUGUCUUGUUUCUGCACAUGCCUUCUGUCCUCUCGAAGUAUCACACAGGUUUACAUGGGCAUACAUCAGUCUAAAAUAUAUACAUUGCACAUUUAUCUAGAAUGAGAGACACCACAAUAUCAGUAUUAUACCACAAUAUCAGUAUUAUUAUUUUUACAAUUAUCAUAAAUAAAAUUA